UGGUCAUCAGUGUGUUGCAUGUUCGGGAUUGUUGUGAUGUGAGGCCGCAGCCAUCUUGGAUCUGCGCCGCUCAGUCCACACCGAGCUGCGGGACCAGGACGGACGACGUCCACGGCGGAGACAGUUGGCCCACGUCGGCUCCUCGGCCCACGACACCAGAGAGAUCUGUGUGUGUUCGUUGUUUUGCCGCACGGUGCGACAAUGCUUGGCACGCGCUCUUUUUCUCCGUUAGCUGCGGGGUUGAGUGCAUAAAGACAUGGGGACGGACGGCUCAGAGCGGUCCUCGAUAUAGUUCCGGUGAGGACGACGGUGCAGAUCCUCGGCAUAUAUUUUUUGAUUUCUGGAUAGAGGAGUGACUAUGAAUGGAGGAUAAAUGUUGCCGAAGGCUGACAGCAGCAGUUUCGUCCUCUUCUCUCUCCUCUUCGUCCUCACGGUGACGGACCCACCACGCACAGGUCCGCGGCUAGCUCUGGCAAGAUUAUUGUCAGAGCAGCGCUGCAGCCCUGGGCAGUUUGCCUGCCACAGUGGGAAGAUGAAGUGUAUCCCGAUGUCCUGGCAGUGCGACGGCUGGACAGCGUGUGACGACAAGAGUGACGAGAUGGACUGUCCCUCUAUAAAGGAGGAGAGGUUUCGGUUUGGCAACGGAUAUGACCAGGUGGAAGACGUCAUCGGCGUGGCUCAGCCUGUGCGCUUCAACAAGAAAUGCCCCAGCGGGUGGCACCACUACGAGAAGACAGCCAGCUGCUACAAGGUGUACCUGCGGAAUGAGAACUACUGGCAGGCGGUGGACACGUGUCAGAAAGUCAACGGCUCACUGGCGACAUUCGUGACCAACGAGGAGCUGCAGUUCAUCCUGAAGAUCGAGGUGGACUUCGACGACAAAGUCUGCGAGCGCAGAGACCAGUGCAAGUUUUGGGUCGGCUACCAGUAUGUGAUCACCAAUCAGAACCACUCUCUGGAGGGCCGCUGGGAGGUGGCAUACAAAGGAUCAAUGCAGGUGUUUCUGCCGCCUGAGGAUCUGACCAAUUUUGGGGAGGCGUCUCCCACCCAGGACAACGUCUUCUGCGCCCAGCUGCAGCGCUUCCAGAUCAAAAGCAUGAACGAGCGAGGCCUGCACAGUUGGCACGCCGAGAACUGCUACAAAGAGUUCCCCUUUCUCUGCAAGAGGAGGCAAACGUGCGUGGAUAUAAAAGACAACGUCGUGAACGAGGGCUACUACUUCACCCCCAAAGGGGACGACCCGUGUCUGAGCUGCACGUGUCACGACGGCGAGCCCGAGAUGUGCGUGGCGGCGCUGUGCGAGCGGCCGCAGGGCUGCCAGCACUUCCGCAAGGAUCCCAAAGAGUGCUGCAAGUUCACCUGCCUGGACCCAGAUGGAAACAGUCUGUUUGACUCGAUGGCCAGUGGGAUGAGACUGAUCGUCAGCUGCAUCUCGUCCUUCCUCAUCCUCUCCCUGCUGCUCUUCAUGGUGCACAGACUCCGUCAGCGGAGACGUGAACGCAUUGAAACCCUGAUCGGAGGAAACUUGCAUCACUUUAACCUUGGAAGACGAGUCCCGGGCUUUGAGUACGGCCCGGAUGCUUUUGGCACUGGCCUCACUCCACUUCAUCUGUCUGACGACGGAGAGGGAGGCGCUUUCCAUUUCCAGGAGCCCCCUCCGCCGUACGUAGCCUACAAAUACCCCGACAUCCAGCACCCAGACGACCCCCCUCCUCCGUACGAGGCCUCCAUCAACCCAGACAGCCUCCUCUACUUGGACCUCGGACGUAGUGGCGUUUCCAUGGUGCCGAGCCAUAUGAACGCCAUGGGAGACGGGCUCCAGGCAGAUAUUCCCAACGCGUCCUUUCCUGUGCCAGGCUCGGCGCCGUCCUCUCAGCAGAGGGAAGACUCCAUAGAUAGCAGCACCCUCCUGGUGGGGCCCGACACUCCGACAGACGGCCCCGCCCCCGCGCCCGCAGACUGCGCCUCCCUCAGCACCAUGGUAUAGGACCGUGGGCUGGCAGGGAGCUGCACCCGGACGCUGCCUGAUAGUGGAUGACAGUCACGAGGACGUCGUGCACCGGGAGAGGACGCAGCACACUGCUGUGUCGUGUAUCUGAAAUGCUGACAGGAGAGUUAAUGUUUUGUACAGACGCGUCAGAAGGUGGAGCAGCCCGUGACGGAUGGAUGCCCUCGUUCUGAAGGGCCUUUUUUCUUUUUCUUUUUUUCUCUCACCAGCAUCCGAGGGAGCAGAGAGGACUGUUCCUGUACAGAGAAGAGAAACACUACAUUCAAGCUGAGAAAGAUGCACUUUUACUUUUAGUGUUGACUGAACGAAGCUUUUGAAAACAUCUCAGAGUCCUGAUGUAAAUACCCCCUCAGGUCUGUGCCAGUCCAAUUUGUAAUACUUGUGGCAUUUCAAUCCAGCAGAAGGCAAAAAAAAACAAAAAACAGACAGACGGACGGACAGUGACACCAGCUUUUGUUCCUUGUGCAUUUUUGUCUGCAUCAUUUAAACAGACACAUCUGAGUCGAUCUACAGGCUACAAAUAAUGUUCUCAUCAGCCUUUGUGUCGCCGGACGUCCCAGAUCCAGAAAACCUGUCCCAUCAGUUCCUCAGUAGUGCGAUACAUGAAGCCGUCUUCCAGGUUUAUCGAGAGUGUUUUUGCUGCAGAAGAUGUUUUGUAGUGAAGAGCUUUAACCUUUUAAGACGGUAUGAUUAGUUUCCUCUUCCGAUAAGGUUUUUCUUAGGUAAUGCUGACCCAAGGCAUUUAUUUAUCAGCAAAUGUUGUGGUAUUGAUAAAUACUGAAUUUGGUAACGUGUUUCUUUUUCGAUGAUAAUUUAUUACUGCAGGCUGUAAUCUUUAUUGUGGGAUUAGACGCAGCCUGAUCUCCUAACUGAUCAGUGAGCGAAAGAAGAUCAGGGAUGAUAUCCUGUAAUUAAGUUUGGAAAGAAAAGAAAAAAAGACAUUUAUUCGAGAUCACAGUUUCAAUCAUGAAGUCAUUAGGUCAUGCAGACGAUCCCGGUUUUAUUACUUCAUCAUCAACUCUUCACAGGGUCCUUGUUUACUGACUCAUCCCCUGAUUAAAUCAGGUUUUGUUUAUUUGGAAACUAAUUUGUCAGUUGUCACAUUUGGAUGCUGCCCCUCCAUUCCCUGACGUGUGUGUGUGUGUGUGUGUGUGUGUGUGUGUGUGUGUGUGUGUGUGUGUGUGUGUGUGUGUGUGUGUGUGUGUGUGUGUGUGUGUGUGUGUGUGUGUGUGUGUGUGUGUGUGUGUGUGUGUGUGUGUGUGUGUGUGUGUGUGUGUGUGUGUGUGUGUGUGUGUGUGUGUUUUUCUCUCUCUUCGGGCAGUACAUCUGAUAUCUCAGUUGUUGAGGUUGUUCUCAGCCACUGAUGAAGGUGAUGUCACUGACUAUAAAUGUGAACCGUUUGUUUUGGUGUUGACGAGUCUGUUCUUGUUCUUGUUUCUCAGUGGGUUUUGCAGUUCAAAAAAAAAAUUUGAAUAAAAGAAAAAGUGUAAACUGUAUAUUUGGAACGAGUUAGACCUCUUGUUAUGACGACAAUCGUUUGACUCACUUUAAAUGAUGAAUUUUUAUAAGUCGAGAGAGUCGGAGACGACCCACAACCACCAGCAUUCAACACACUUGUGAUCUGACUCCAGACCUGUUGUAAAUGUGUCUGAAUGACUGUGCAUGUCCGCAUAAAUCAUGUUUGAAUUUUCUUGAUUUUUUUUAUUAUUGUUAUUGCUAUUUUCCCCCUUUUUUUGGCAUAUUGACAAUCCCCAGUGGAUUAUCCAUCAAACAAAAUCUCAUGAAUUGUAGAAAAAAAGUAACUUGCAUGUGUGUAAAGGAGACGGUGUACUGGUCUGGG